AUGUCAUUGGAUACUAAUACUCUGGCUGAGUCAGAGGGCCGUAAAGCCGAACAAGCUCUGGACGCAUCCGAAAAAUCAACAAUGUCUGACCUGGAAAAGAAAGACGUCGAAGCAGAAGAGUUGGAUACAAGUAAGGGAACAGCAACAACCGCUACGCUAUCCCCCGAGGACGAUGACGAUUACCCCGAAGGAGCUGCACUUGUCUUUAUUCUCCUUGCCCUUGCAUUGAGCAUGUUCCUCAUGUCACUCGAUAUGACCAUUAUCGCUACAGCCAUCCCGAAGAUCACCGACGAUUUCCACGGUCUUUCCGAAGCAGCUUGGUACGGCUCCGCAUUCUUCAUGACAAUUGGUGGUUUCCAGUCUUCUUGGGGCAAGGCGUACAAAUACUUUUCGCUCAAGAUUUCUUUCCUCAUGGCAGUAUUCAUAUUCGAGGUGGGCAGUCUCAUCUGUGCCGUGGCACCCAAUUCAACAGCUUUCAUUGUCGGACGUGCCAUUGCUGGUGCCGGCGCGGCAGGCCUCGGCUCGGGAUGCUAUACUCUGAUUGCAUUUGCGGCUCGGCCUCAACAGCGUCCCAUGUUCACGGGCAUUAUAGGAGCUUCGUACGGCAUCGCUUCAGUGGUUGGGCCACUUAUUGGUGGUGCCUUUACCGACCACGUCUCGUGGCGAUGGUGCUUCUAUAUCAACCUUCCUAUCGGUGGCGUCUCAGCCCUGAUCAUGAUCUUCUUCUUCAACACACCAGCCCGUGCUAAGCCCGCUGAGGCGACUCUGAGCGAGAAGCUACUCCAAAUGGAUCCCCUUGGCACGGUACUUAUCAUGGGUGCUAUCAUCGCUUACAUCCUGGCUCUGCAGUAUGGUGGACAGAGCGCUCCGUGGAACUCCAGUAAGGUCAUUGGCUUGUUGGUCGGCUUUGGAGUUAUCGUCUUGACUUUUGCGGUAUGGGAGGCCUUCAGCGGUGAGCGCGCGAUGAUCGCCCCACGUCUCAUCAAGAAGCGAGUCGUUUGGGUCAACGCCCUAUACGCUUGUCUUCUGUCUAGCUCCUACUUUACCGUCAUCUACUACCUCCCCAUCUACUUCCAGAGCGUCGAUGAUGUUAGCCCUACUGCCUCGGGUGUUCGCAACCUACCAAUUAUCCUGACGGUGACAUUCGGAACCAUCAUCGCGGGAGCUAGCAUCUCCAAGACAGGAAUUGCCACCCCCCUGUUGAUCGGAAGUGCCGCCAUCGCCACCAUCGGAGCCGGUCUUCUGUACACUCUAGAUAUUGGCACCAGCUCUGGCAAGUGGAUUGGUUAUCAAAUCCUCGCGGGGUCCGCUUAUGGUGUUGGGUUCCAGAUUCCCAUGAUCCACGGUCAGGCCAAUGCUAAAUUUGAGGAUUUGGCAACUACAACUGCCAUCCUUAUGUUCUUCCAAACUAUUGGUAGUGCUUUCCUCCUGUCAGCUGCCCAGUCAGCCUUUGUUAACAAGAUCGCCACUGUCCUGCGAUCGAGCGCGCUAGACGUUGACGUUGGUACAGUUAUCGCUACAGGAGCUACAGAGAUCCGCCACGCAUUCCCAGCUGACCAGGUUCCCGGUAUCGUGAUUGCUUACAUGGAGGGGCUCAGGGUUACCUUUGCCAUUGCUGCGACAGCUGUGGGCCUUGCUUUUGUGGUCAGUUUCUUCAGCAGUUGGAAGAGAUUGAAAUUGAACGCAAACGCUACAGGUGGUGCGGCAUAA